CAUUUUGUUAGUUUCACGCGAGCAGUGCACAUUUGAGCAAAAUGUACAGGCUCUUAGCAUCAGCGUUAGUGAUCGCGGCCGUCGCGUGUCAGCAACAAGAAGGUGGGAGGCGAGUUCCGAAAUACGCGGGUGAUCCCAAAACGGCAGCCAUAGUGCAAGAAGCGCGCUACCUCAGCGGAAACGGCGCCUUCGGAGCCGCGUACCAACAGGAAGAUGGAAUCAACUUCAAAGAGGAAACCGACGCUGACGGCAACAGACGCGGCAGCUACUCCUACAUCGACCCCAGCGGGCAGAGGAAGACUGUGAACUACGUCGCCGGCAAGAACGGAUUCCAGGCCAGCGGGGACCACAUCCCUACCGCACCGCAAUCCGCAGCGCCCACUCCUGGCUACACCCCUGACCCGCGAUACAACUCCCCGGACUACAAGACCCAACAGUACAACGCGCCUCAGCAAUACAACGCGCCCGCUCCUCGCAACUACGGCAAAGUUAACGAAGACCCGAACGACGGUCAAUACUACCCCGAAUUGUACGAGACCACCAACUACGUGGCACCCCAAAAGCAAUACCAGCAGCCCCAAUACCAACAACCUCAGCCUCAGUACCAGCCUCAGCCGCAAUACCAGUCGCAGCCUCAACACCAGUCUAACAACAUCUACCCAGGUGUGCAGCAAGCUCAAUACAGCGGAGUGCAAAACCAGCAAUACAACGCACCGUCUGCCCGUCAAGACUACUACGACGCUACCACGCCACCUCCAGCGCGUUUCUUCCCCCCGGGCAAGUUCAGUCUGAACCGUGCCCCCGACGGCUUCACCUACUCUUUCCACAAAGUAUAAAUCUCCUAAGAAAGGGUCUCGGCGAUUUGUAGCGCCCGAAACGUAAAAAGCACGCGUCAAUUACAAUUUCGCCGAGUCAUCAGGGGUUCGCUGCGGGCACGUGCUCGCUUCGAAAGCAUUUCUUAAUUGUUGUUUGCUGUGAUAUUGUGUGCUAAUGGACAAUGUGUAUAAAGUGCUGGUAUUGUUACUAGAAGAGGAAUUAAUGGAAUGCGUUAUAAUAUUAUUAUUUGUGUACUUGUAAAUAAAUUUUAUAUUACCUUAAUUAUUAGACAAU